CCAGUGCAAAUGGAAAUGGACUUCAAGAAUUCUAUUUUGGAAGAGAGAAACAGGUAGAUUCAAGGACCCAUGGAGGACAUAUGACUUGGCAGUACUUUCUUGUUGCCUCUUCAGUAUCACCUUGAGACAGAACAAGAUGGCAUCUCCUAAUGAUUCUGAAUACAUAUAGGCCCAGAUUCUCUCCUACGUUGAAACCCAUUCGGCACAGAAGAGAAGGAUGGCUCUCAACUACCAGAUUCUCUGGGCCAGUCUGUGAUGGUUCUGGCUCUAGGCUAUUCUAACCUAUGCGAGCUGACAGUGAUUCCCAAGGAGACCGUAUGUCAACUGGAGAAAAUGAAGCAUACUACAUUCUGACCAAGGCCCCUACCUGCCUCCCAUCCUGGGGCUGCAUAGAGAUGUGACAUUGGUUAGCUGUGCCAGCUCUACAUCAGCUGAAAUCUCUGUUUCACCAGGGGCAUUCACACCUGGCAAGAUCUGGCUACCAUCCAAGACCAUUUUGCUUCCAGAAUGGCAUAAAGGAGCCAGAACAGAAGAGAAUCUGGCGCGUAAAUUCUGCUGUAAACCUGUGACUAGCUUUUGCAUUUACAAGAUAGACACAUACUUUGCUUCUACCUGCAUGUUUGCUUCGCCCAGCCUAAUACCACUAUGGAGUGCAGCAUAUUUAAUGAAAACGUUAUAUAUAAAAUAUAGAUGAUUUCCAUGGAAAUGUUCUUUGCCAGCAUACAUAGUUUCAUAUUACUUAAAUCCUUACAUUGUUAUAUUAAGUUAAUAUGAUGUAUCAACUUUUUUUAAUCCAGUUUUUACAUAUUGGAUAAACAAGUUUUAAAAAACCUUUUUAAUUUUGAGACUAGUUUCAUAACUCUAACUGGGAAAAAACUAAUCUAAAUUUAAAAUCUGUUUAUAAAAUGUGACUCUUAAGAUGUAGUUCUGAGUUUUAAAGGAGCCUGAGUUUAUAAGAUGAACUGCAGCUGCCUUAAGAGUACAUCAAACAAAAAUUGCUUGGAGCUCAAAUCCCAUAGUUACCACAAUGUCACCCUUUGAAACUGUAAUAAUGAUCAUUUAAAAAUGUUAUAUUAUAUAAAAAUGUGUACAUACCCAAGUCUUCCAAAUCAUAAAGUUGUAACGAUGAAUCUGAAAUAAAUUAAUAUUGUUGAAAUUAAUGAACUGAGAAAUUGAAGUCACAUCACUACAUGAACAAAUUUAUUAAUAUCUGUUGUACAUAAAUUAAUGAAAUAUCAUUCUGACAAAAAUUAAACAAACUAAAGUUAAGACAGUCUGAACUAUAUUCCUAUCAUGGAGUUAACUAAAAAGCAGCAAUAGAUUUUGGCUUCUCAGUGCAUAAGUGUUAAAAAAAUGAGCUAGCUAGUCAAGUAUAAUCUCAUGCCUGUUUAGAACGCUUGUUCUAAGGAUGCCAAAGCAGGUGUACUGUAUUUGGCUUUGAUCUUAGAGAGUCCUUGACUUAGUCAGCCUGAUAUUAUGAUAAAGUACAAUUAACAGAAUGUCAAAAUAGAGGUUUUCCACAUAGGUCGUAGUAUAAGGAGAAAGAAACUUAAGUUAGUCAGAUUUUCAUUUAGGGAACUUGAGAAGUGUCUGGUCCUUGACUGGUGAGUGAGCUGGCCUUGUCUGACAUUACCAGAAGUGACCAUGUUGUUUCUCAGCUGUCAACAUACCUAGCCUCUGGGGAGUCUGGUCCACUGUUUGCUAUUAACAAAACGCUAAGAGAAAUAUCACACAUGUAGGAGGCAGGAUGCUUUGCACAAAAAAAUGUCAGAAUCCUCUUCUUUUAAAAAGUGAAGUCUUUGUGGAAUGUCUUAUUAGAAAAGCACAUUUCUGUUGUUGCUUUAUUUUCCCCACUUGUACACCCAUUUCAUGAAACAGUUGGUGGCAGAGGGAUGUUUACACCUUGGCCAUAGUGCUAUUACAUUCAGCCAAUAUUGUAAUUUAAAAUUUUAAAAUACACAUACUAGUCCUGAUUCCAUGAUGUAUUCUUACUCAGCAAAGCACUUAACUCACAUUUGUUUACUUAAAGUGUUUUGCUGAGGAGUGAUGGACUAAUGCAUGUGCUUAAAUGUUUUGCUGAAAUGGGCCCUCUGUGAACCAGACAUGCAAGAUUUUUUUAUGUGAAUUUACAAUAAUGGUUACUUUUUUCUUUUUUC